ACCAGAAUAUCUUGUUGCUGAUAAGAGGUAGCUCAUCUUGCAUUGUAAACUUGCACAAGCCAACUCUCGUAGCACCAUCCUGUAGUCAAGCUAGAAAGGACUACAACUCGUGAGAGAUAUUACCGUCCAAGCAAGAUGGUUAAGCAAAAGAUUGUUCUCAAGUUGCCGUUGGAUGGCGAGAGGAACAAGAGGAAGGCCUUCAAGGCCGCUGUUGGCAUGGCAGGUGUGACAUCCGCCACGAUGGAGGGGGACAAGAUCAUCAUCGUGGGCGACGGCAUCGACACGAUCGCGCUGACGAGGAUGCUCCGUCGCAGCCUAGGCGGCGCCGAGCUCAUCAGCGUGUCUUCUGGCGAUGACAAGAGGAAAGACGGCUAUGGGUAUGGGGGAGAAAAGAACGGCUAUGGAUACGGCGGGGAAAAGAACGGCUAUGGAUACGGCGGGGAAAAGAACGGCUAUGGGGGAGCUGGCGGUGGCGGUGGCGGUGGCAAGGACUCCAAGGGUGGCGGCGGCUACCAUCAGAACGCGGUGGUGCCGAUGCAGUACCCCGCGUACCAUCAGUACAACGCCAUGCCGUCUUACCCUGCCUACUCCUACCCUGCUCAUGCUUAUCAGCAACAAGAACAGGAUCCCGGAUGCAGCAUAAUGUAGGCGUCGAGAAGAGAAGAGCUGGCAGAUUGAGAUAAAAAAAAAACUCAAGUCUCGAGUUCAGGACAGACUAGAAGGCCUGACCUGAUCAAGCGAACCACCAAGAAGCCAGAGAUGUGUUGGAUGCUUGAGCUGGCUGCAUGUAUGCAGUUUAUGACUUUAUGUACAUAUAGCUUGUAAAAUUAUCGGUAGUGCUCGUUUGUAAGUUCAGGAUUUCAGUUUAGAGUGUACUACUUCCUGCACGAUUGGAAGGGCUGGAAGCAAUAAAAAGGAAGGGAGGGGAUGCUGUAAAAAGACAAGCACACUAGUGAUUAUUAUGUAAGAAACGAUGAACGUAUUGAAACUAUGCAGCGCAGCAGUUCUUUCUUUU